CGCUAUAUAUAGUACCCCGGUCUUUUACAAGAAUAGUACCUCGAUACUAUUUAAAGGAAAUACUUCUUCAAUGGGUACUAUAUGCAGCAUUGGACCAGUUUAUGAGCCUUGGUGUGGUCAACGGUUUACUGAUUGGACCAAAACUGAACUAACC